AUGCCUGAAAAAGAAUUGAAUUAUAUCAGAUCUAGAGAAGUAGAAUCUGCUUCCUCAGACGAAAAAAAUGGUGGUAUUUAUAUUGAUGCAUUUGAUGUACAAGAUUCAAAACCUCCAUUGACGGGGUGGGCAAAGUUUAAAGAUGGAUUUAAAAGAGCAGACACUAAUGAGAUGGGUUUAGACCCAAACUUAAGUGAAGCUGAGAAAAUCGCCGUUUUGACAGCAAAUUCCCCCUUGGCAAGAUCCUUGAAAGCAAGGCAUAUCAUGAUGAUUGCAAUUGGGGGUUCUAUUGGAACUGGUCUUUUUGUUGGAUCGGGUUCUUCACUUGCUACGGGGGGUCCAGCAGGUGUGUUGAUAGCUUAUAUUUUAAUUGGAACUAUGAUUUACUGUACUGUUCAAUCAUUGGGUGAAUUAGCCGUAUCUUUCCCAGUUUCGGGUGCUUUUGUUACAUAUAAUACUAGGUUUAUUGAUCCAUCCUGGGGGUUUGCUAUGGCUUGGAACUAUGCGAUGCAAUGGCUAGUUGUGUUGCCGUUGGAAUUGGUUGCAGCUGCAGUGACGAUUAAAUAUUGGAACGAUUCGAUAAAUUCCGCCGCCUUUGUUGUUAUUUUCUACGUUUUGAUCAUUGCCAUUAAUUUCUUUGGCGUUCGUGGGUAUGGAGAAACUGAAUUUGUAUUUAGUAUUAUCAAGGUUUUGGCCGUGUGUGGUUUCAUCAUCUUGGGUAUCAUACUUGCGGCAGGUGGAACUGGAAAAGGUUAUAUUGGAGGCAAAUACUGGCAAGACCCCGGAGCGUUUGCAAAUGGAGCUAAAGGUGUUAUACAGGUGUUUGUUGGGGCCGCUUUUGCAUUUGCUGGUACUGAGUUGAUUGGGUUAGCUGCUGCUGAAAGUGCCAAUCCAAGAAAAUCAUUGCCCAAGGCAACAAAACAAGUGUUUUGGCGUAUUACAUUGUUUUAUGUUAUUUCACUUUGUCUUAUUGGUAUCCUUGUGCCAUACAAUGAUACCAGAUUACUCACUGACAAGAGUGAUGCUUCAGCUUCUCCAUUCGUCAUUGCCAUUAAAAAUGGUGGAAUCAAAGGUUUGCCAUCAGUUAUGAACGUGGUUAUCAUGAUUGCUGUUUUGUCUGUUGGUAACUCGUCUGUCUUUGCUUCGUCGAGAACAUUGGCAGCAUUAGCAGCAUCAAAUCAAGCACCCAAGAUUUUUGGGUACAUUGACAAACAAGGUAGACCCUUGGUUGGUAUUAUAUUUCAAUUGACAGUUGGAGCCUUGUGUUUCUUGGCAGCAAGUCCUAAACAAAACGAAGUGUUUAGUUGGCUUUUGGCCCUUUCAGGAUUAUCGUCUAUCUUUACAUGGGGUUCUAUUAAUUUGUGUCAUCUUCGAUUUAGAAGAGCAUUGAAAGUUCAAGGUAGGGGCACUGACGAAUUGGUGUUUACUUCCCAGCCUGGUAUCAUUGGUGCAUGCUGGGGAUUAUUAUUGAACACGGCUGUUGUAGCUCUUCAACUUUGGGUGGCAUUGUAUCCGGUUGGAAAAUCUCCAAGUGCCAGCAACUUUUUCCAAAAUUACUUGACUGUUCCUGUCAUUAUUGUUUUCUAUGUGGGUCAUAAGUUAUGGACCAGGAACUGGCGUUUCUUUUACAGAGCAGGAGAAAUUGACAUUGAUACAGGAAGACCAGAUUUGGACUUGGAAUUGGUAAAGCAGGAAGUUGCUGAAGAGAAGGCCUUUUUGAGGUCUCAACCUUUCUACAAGAGAUUUUAUAACUUUUGGUGUUGA